ACCAAGUUAGAUUGAUCCAUUACUGUACCCCGUGAAUGAGGAUGUAGUCCAGAACUAUCAGAAAUCCGGAUGAUUAUCUUGGUCAGAAAAUUUCAUACCCAUAAAAAGAGAUGACCGAAGAGAAAGGCGUAUGCAACGAUUUAUUUUUAAUCAUUUUAUUUUGAUUUUAAAUAGUUGUUUGUAGUAGCUGCUAGUUUGAAACGUGGGGAAGCGCUGACGAUGUUGCGCGCGUGAAGCACAUUGACCAAACUGCAUUCAGAAAAUUAGGCUCUCGGAAUGAUGGAACAGCCCAUGGAGGACAGACUGUGUGGGAAAGUGAGCUCUGCCUGUGGAGUGAACAAUUACAACCUGAGGGAUAUCUUCACAUGGCGCCUGUUGAAGACCAUCCUGAUGGGUCAGGUCCUGUCCCUGCUGAUCUGUGGGACGGCCGUCAGCUGCCAGUUCCUGGCUGAGCUGAAGGUGGAGACGCCCAUGUUUCAGAGCUUCCUCAACUACGCCCUGCUGUUGCUCACCUACACCACCAUCCUCUGCGUCCACAAAGGUGACCGUAACAUCCUACAGAUUUUACGACACAAGUGGUGGAAAUAUUUGGUGAUGGGUUUGGCAGACGUGGAGGCGAACUAUGCAGUUGUGAAGGCGUACCAGUUCACCACCCUGACCAGCAUUCAGCUGCUGGACUGCUUCGUGAUCCCGGUGUUGAUGCUUCUGUCCUGGUUCUUUAUGAAGACCCGCUACAAGCUGGUCCACUAUGUCUCUGUUACGGUGUGCUUGUUGGGGGUGGGGGCCAUGGUGGGUGCCGACAUCUUGGCUGAAAGAGACCGAGGGUCCACCAGGGACGUGCUGCUGGGCGACGUGCUGCUGGGCGACACGUUGGUCCUGCUCAGCGCUGGGCUGUACGCCGUGUCCAACCUGUGCCAGGAGCACACGGUGAAGAACCUGAGCCGGGUGGAGUUCCUGGGCAUGAUGGGGCUGUUUGGGACCGUCAUCAGUGGGGUGCAGCUAGCUGUUCUGGAAAGUCACGCAGUCUCAGCCGUAGAGUGGAGUCUUUCCACUGUCAUGCUGUUUGCGGUCUACACCCUCUGCAUGUUCGCGCUGUACAGCUUCAUGCCCGUCGUGGUGAGGAUGACGAGCGCCACUGCCGUCAACCUGUCCCUGCUCACCGCCGACCUCUUCAGCCUCUUCUGUGGACUCUUCCUCUUCCACUACAAGUUUUCCCUCCUCUACAUCAUCUCGUUCGUCGUCAUCACCGUCGGUUUCAUCAUGUUCAACGUCGUCCCGACCUCCUUGGCGUUGCCUGAAAACGAGGCAGAGGAGGCUGCCGACGGCGCGGCGGAGAGCUCCCUGGACCUCCUGCAGGCAGAGGACGCCCCGGGAAACGAAGCGGGCAUUUCCGUCGACGUCUACGGCUGAGAACGGAUCUGACUGGUUUUUAUUUAACUGAGAUGAGGUCAAAGGUCACUUUUUUACUUUUAUAUUGUUACAGAUGUAAAAAAUAAUAAUAAUGUAACGUUCUCAGUUGCUGUUAUUGUUCCUAUAUUUGUAAAAAUUUACAGAUUUUAUGAAUUAUUACAUAUUUUUAUUUGCUUUUGUAAAUAUGACAGAUUUUCAUUCCAACAAUUAAUCAACAAUUUAUUUAUUUUAUGGCAGUUUUUAAGCCAGCACAAGUCGGCCAUGAGGGUUUUUUAAAUUCUUUUAAUUGUUUAUUAUUAUUAUUAUUAUUAUUAUUAUUAUUGCCUGACUCCAGACAGGUGUUCAUCCUGCUUUCUGUGAAUCUACUGUUAUAUUAAAUGUUUACUCAUCCAUUAAUAGUAAAAUCAAAAAUGAAGGGAUAAAGGUAUUUAAAAAAUAUUACUAAAAGGAGUAUAAUAUGUUGUGAUACGAUAAAUAUGAGAUUUAAAAAUGCACAAGAAAUUUUUUUUGGAGCAUUUAGACCAAUUUUGACAAGGUAAAAAUUUUUUUUGCAAGGUUUAUAGGAUUCAUCUGAACUGGAUGGGUUUAGUGGCGACACAAAAAAACAACUAAAAUUAAAAAUAAAAGCCUGCGUGGUCACAGA